AUAAAUUCCAAGGAGAGGAAAAAGCUACGACAAUGACAUCAGAAAAUAUCAUAUGUUCAUUUACAAAAUGUGAUCAAGGAUAUGGCAUACAACCAUGUGCAGCUAGAGUCGAUGUAAGGGGAUUUCAUGUUCCUAAAUCAAAAAGAAAAGGAAUGGUGGUAGAUUGGACAGAUGAUGGUUCUGCGUCCCUCCAUAUGACGUGUUGGCAGAGAGUGUGUGACCUUGCUCAGGGUAACACUCCAAAUAUUAAGUUAUGCAAGAAAGAAAAAGACUUGAUAUACGAAGCAGAACAAACAGCAGAGUUUCAUGAUUCAGAAGAAUGCUUCCAGAAAGAGGCUUCACGUAUCGCUGCAUUGUUAAGAGAUUCAGCUUAUUGCAUAGGUUUCACAGGUGCUGGAAUUUCAACUGCCGCUGGCAUUGGGGAUUAUCGAGGCAUACAUGGUCAGUGGACCAACAAUGAUAAAACUAAAGAAUAUGGUCCUGCAUCAGCUAGUUUCGGGCUAACCUUACAUUCCAAGAGAGACCAUCUUCUUCCAACAUAUACCCAUGAAGCUAUUUAUAAAUUAAUGGACAUGGGUUUAAUCAACUAUUUGAUAAGUCAGAACACUGAUGGACUUCACAAGUUGUCUGGAAUUCCAUCGGACAAAAUAUCAGAACUACAUGGAAAUGGUUAUGAAGAAAAAUGUGAUACAUGUGGAUCGAGGCGUAUGCAAAGUAAAUCAACAGAUCAACAUCUGAGAGUACCUCCUCAAGAAUGUUGUAGGUGUGGCUGUGAUCACAGAAAUACGUGCGAAAUUCCGGGUUGUAAUGGGUACAUGAUGAACACAAUUAUCAAUUUUGGAGAUAUCCUUGAGGAAUUUGUUUACUCGUCUGCUAAAGAAAAUGGUGAAAAGGCUGAUGUUGUUAUUUGCCUUGGAACAACAUUGCUAGUUUCACCAGCUGAUGAACUAGUUACACUCGGCAAGAAACCAAAUAGACUCGUCAUUUGUAACAGACAAUCAACCCCUUAUGAUUACUAUUGCACUCAAAUAGAUGAACGUGGAGAACAGAUGGGAUCUCGGGUGUAUGGUGACUGUGAUCGUCUGAUGAAACUGGUCAUGAGGUUUAUCUUAGGUGAAGACCCUACCAAGGAAUGGGAAGAUGGCCGAGAUCAAAGAGUUGCAUUAUAUGAUAUGACUAGAACAUAGAAACUUAGGUGA